AUGACCUAGCUUUGAUGCUGAGGAUUCUCCAUGACAACAGACUGAGUCAGGUUGACCUGCACAACAUCAGCAAAGUGGCCACGGACAUCAACAGACUCACAACGGGACAUGUCGGCGCUCAGGUGUUUGCAGCCUACGUGUUGUGUGGCGCCCAGGCGAAGGAUGCUGUGAGGCUCACGCUAGAACAGAUAGACGUGAUCAACCGUAUGUGUACAGAGAACCCGGAACUGGAGCUAGUUACAUCUGCUGAAGGACUAAAUGACACUAAGAGGAUAGCAUGUCUGAUCAGCAUUGAGGGAGGUCAUUCUAUAGACAGCAGCCUGCCAACCCUGCGUAUGUUUUACCAGCUGGGGGUUCGCUCCAUGGCCCUCACACACACCUGCAACACGCCUUGGGCUGAGUCCUCCUCAACAAUUUAUGAUGUCUAUCAAAGAGAAAAUGACAGCCUAACAGACUUCGGUAAGGAUGUGGUGAAGGAGAUGAACAGAUUGGGGAUGAUAGUAGACCUGUCCCAUAGUUCCUGGGCCACAGCCAGGGCAGUACUGCAGAUCUCUAAGGCUCCAGUUAUUUUCAGCCACUCCUCAGCCCAUGCCGUGUGUAACCACAGCCGCAAUGUUCCUGAUGACCUGCUCCGCGAACUGGUGAGAGCCCUGGCAGGAACUCUCUGUCUCUCUCUCUUUCUCUCUCUCUCUAACACUCCUCCAUCACUCCCCCUUUCAACCACCAUCGGCACGGUCACUCAUUGUGGGUGGCCUGUGUUUACUCCUUAUCAGGAGAGUCUUUUGGAAUUAUAUUUUGACGAUGUCUCCUUUCUGCAAUGUUUCUUUAAUCCACUUGUCCUUUAUGCGCAUUUCCUGUUUUACAGUGCCUUCAGAAAGUAUUCAUACCCCUUGACUUAUUCCACAAUUUGUUGUGUUACAGCCUGAAUUCAAAUGGAUUAAAUAUACAGUA